UCAGAAAAAGAGAAGAUCAAGCAUUGAUCUCGAUAUCCACCAUUCUAAAGUUUUCAGCUCUGGGCAAUCUUUUACAUGGAUUAAUCCCGUUUCGUCAUUAUCCAGAGCACCGUUAUUUUCGAGGAGAGACCCUAAAAGAAGUAGAGUUUUAUCCAAGAGAGUCUGAGAAAUUAUGAUGGCUGAGAUCACCCUAUAAGCAGAUCAUGACAAGUUCGGAUCUAAUUGACCGUUACACUGUAGCCACCAACACCUGGACAACUUUAACCAACAAACUUAGUUCUCGAAGACGCCGUCACUGCUCUGUAGCAAUAAGGUCAAUUGAAGUUUACAACGGAACAUCCUGGGAUAUCUCUAAUGAUAUUCUUGCAAAAGAUUUUACCUUUGGAGUUUUAGUUGAAGCAAAAUGUGCAGCCUAAACUAGAUACAGGGUCUUAUGAAUGAUAUACGCAACAUUCCACAAUAUUAUUUCUUUUUAUAAAUGUAUUUAGUAUUUUUUAGCAGUUUGAAUUAUAAUCUAUAGUUACUAACUUA